CCCCCCCCGCCAGGGGUAGGUGGCCUAGAUCUGAAUCAGGGUAGGAAGCUUUCUUUCUCCUUGACUCUCUCUUUAUGACCUUUGAGUUUCCUGCUGACGUAGAGCAGCCCCUUACUUGUGUAAAGUAAGUAUCCGUCUGAGACUGAAUGGGCAGUCAAGACAGCAUUAUUUUUGUUUGCCUGGCACUGGGGGACCCACCAGUCCCCAAUUGUUGUCAGCCCUCGCAGAUGGCCGCGGGGAGCCUGCCAGGGCCGGAGCUUUCCUGGACUGCCCCGUUGGAUGUAAUGCAGCAUCGGUAAAAACACCAAAACCAAGGGGCAAACAAAACCCAAACCUCAGCGCUGGGCCGUUGCCUCACGUUUUUAGAGGUAGUGCGGGUUCUCCUUAGCGAACCGCGUGCCGGCUGUGCGGGAAGGUGGGGUGGGGGGGGGGCUUUGGCAAGGAGGCCGGAGCACAGCUCCCGCUGGAUGAAGUCUCUGGAAAAGUUGCGAAAGGGAAGAGAGCUGAUGUUGAGCCACAAACCGAGAUCAACUGGUCCCUUGGCCUGGCCUCGGUUUGCGGAGGUUCAGCAGAGAGGGAGGCUGAACAGGGUGAUAGGAUCUGGACGUCGCGGACUUGCUCUGUGAAAUUCUGUCCUGGGGGGACACAGAUCCCAAAUUGCAGAAAGCCAAUAAAAAUGGUCACCCGUAGGCAGAGGUCUCCCAAAGAGCCCCGAGGGCUGGAGGGUCCCCCUUAGGGUCCGAGCUGCUGCCUCCCAGCCCUGGCCUGGCCUGUGAAAUCGUACCUGCACCACUGGGGACUUCGGGGAGCGCCUUCCUCCCCGCCUGUUUGCCCCCGGCCACCAGAGCACCCGGCUGUGCGCCUUCUCCCGGCUUUGUGGCACCCCUGCCCUCAAAGCCUUUUCUGCCCCAAGCCACUCCCUUGCUCAAAACCCCUGUGGCUCCUGGUGGACUGGCCCAGCCUGACCCCCUCACUCCCUGCACCCCUGCCCCAGACGGAGUCUUGCGCCAGCUUUCGUGUGCGGGGAGGGUGGCCUCAGCCAAAUUGAGUGAUGCUCUUCGUGGUGCCUCAUUGGUACACGCCUUCCCUUCUCCUUGAAGGCCCCCAUAAGCCACUUGAGGGGAAAUCCCGCACCUUGCUGCCCAUCUCAGUUACUGGCAAGUUCUUGGGGGGCGGGGUGUGGUGAUUCUGGUCUGUUAUGCCCCAGAGCACUGCCCCUCGCAGAGGAGGCUCCACAAAGAUUUGGGGGCCUGGACAGCGUUGAUGUUUGUCUCAGUUCGAUGAGGGGCUCAGAAUCUUCUGGACUCCCAUUCCCAGGGAUGGCGUCGCAUCACUGGGCGUGGCGGAGCCUGCUGAACCCCGCUGACUUACUGACCGUGAGUGCGUUGAGCCCCUGCAUUGUGCUGGCCGUGGUGGAAAAAGGUGAAGACGUCGUCGGGGUGCGGGACUUGGGCAGGAAGAAUGUGGAGAGAAGUGAACGCAGUGACACAGAACGGAGACCUGUGGCCUGGGUGGCGGACGAGGAGGGAGAAGUGGGAUGCGUUCAUUGGGACAGGAGCAGCCAAGGGGUGGGUCGGGAAGAGUCUUCCUGGUCUGGGAUGGGAAUUUGCAAACACACAGGAGGCAGUUUUGGCGAACGCCAGCCGGUUGCCAGAACACUUGGCAGUCUCCGUCGUGGAGGGACUGACUUUUGGCCAAGGAGAGGACAUGUUUACUGCAGGCUGACCGCCACCCCUUGCCUACUAACCCCGGGGACUUCUAAUUCUGGCUUGACCCCCCAGCUCACCGGGUGAGCUCAGGAGGACCAUUUGGAUCCAGACGAAUGCCUCGGGCCGCUUGGCUGUAGUUCACUCGUUGUCUGGGAUACUUGGUUGAUGAAUAAUAAGCCUGAGAUAGGAGAGGCUCAUCUCCCAGAAAAGUCCUCCGAUCGACAAAGAGGAACCUUUCCACCACUAGCGAAGAGGAGUGGUGGAUGAGGCCCUUUGCAGACCCCAGGCCGGUGGGGAGGCCCAGACAGACACCAGGUCCUCCGCAGCCAUAGGGAAAUGGCAGAAGUGUGAUGGUCCCUGAGUACAGGUGUGGGACAGGUGACCCCCAAGGGUCCAUAGAAAGUGACCCCAGGGGAGAGGAGCGGUCAGUUAAGACUCAGUGAGUGCUGGGGACAAGGGGACGUACAGUGAAAAGUCCGGCUUUUUGUUGUCAGUGGGGUCUCCGUGGUCCAGGAGAAUGGAAAGGGAGCCUUUACUGGUCUGUGGAACAUUUCUGAAUGUACAUAAUUCUCGAGGUCAAAUUUCAAGUGGCACAGAAGUUUAGAGAGUCAAAUCGACAAUCCCCCCUCCGUCCCCUCCCCCUGUGCUGCCUGCCAAAGUUUUAUACUUAUCCCAGAUCUUUUUUCUGUGGCCUUUGUGCACGUGUAUUUGCAUAUAAAGACACACCCACCUUUUGCUCCUGUUUUACGUAAAUGAGAUUAUGGGACGCAAGUGAGAUUAUGCGACGAGUAGGCACAGGCACGUUGCCUUCACUUGGGCUACCUUGUAACUUUCCGUGUUCCUAAAGGAGGGUCCCUUUCGUUUUUCUUAGAGCUAUGUUAUAUUUCAGAAGGUGGACGCUUUGACAAACCAGCCCCUGCUGAUGGACAUCCACGCUGUCUCCAAUUUUCUCGCUAACAAAUAGUGCUUCAGUAAACAUGCUUGCUUGUGCAGUUGGGGACUCCUGAAUCUUUCGAGAGGAGCAACGUGUGAACCUAGGUGUCAAAGUGGGUCUCACCCUCCGGCCUCGGGGCUCUGAGUCCGCAGGGAGGCGGGCAGUGUGCAGGUUUGACUGACCCUGGGAGUUUUUCCCAAGCUCUGGCCCCCACGCUGGCGGGAAAGGACUUGCUGGUUUGUGCAAAGCAGAAGGUGACUGGUCCCGGUGGGAUGAGGGGUUUCCUGCAGGUCUGGGUGUCAUCAGACCUCCGCUGCCUCCCAGCACAGACAGACCAGAGACUGGCUCAGAGGCCUGAUGCUUAGACGGGGAGCGCAAAUCCCCCGGGGUUCAUGCGGAAUGCAGUCUGUCUGUCUGUGUACCGGCAGAGGUGACCUCCAGCUUUUGCUGGAGGGCAGCUGAGGAGCUGGUGUGGGACACGCUGGGCGUUAAAGUGGCCCCUGUAGUUCAUCAGCACCCCCCCUCCCCGGCCCUCUCCACCCUCAGAUUUUGCUGGGAGCUUUGUCAUCAGGCCUUGCGGCAGACAGCAUUUGACAGAAAAUGCAGACUGUCUUUGUCAGAUCAUAUUCUCUUCUGGAAACGGCCCUUGAUUGUUUCCAAAGCCAAAUGCACGGAAGAUACCCGCAUGACCAGAGGCUAAGCUGUGGCCGUCUGCUUCCUGCUCUCGGCACCAUGGAUCUGCACCUCUUCGACUACUCGGAACCGGGGAACUUCUCCGACGUCAGCUGGCCGUGCAACGGCAGCGACUGCAUCGUCGUGGACACGGUGCUGUGCCCCCACAUGCCCAACAAAAGCCUUCUGCUGUACACGCUGGCCUUCGUCCACAUCUUCAUCUUCGUGAUCGGCAUGAUCGCCAACUCCGUGGUGGUCUGGGUCACCAUCCAGGCCAAGACCACCGGCUACGACACGCACUGCUACGUCCUCAACCUGGCCGUCGCCGACCUGUGGGUGGUGGUCACCAUCCCCGUCUGGGUGGUCAGCCUCGUGCAGCACAACCAGUGGCCCAUGGGGGAGCUCACGUGCAAGAUCACGCACCUCAUCUUCUCCAUCAACCUGUUCGGCAGCAUCUUCUUCCUGACGUGCAUGAGCGUGGACCGCUACCUGUCCCUCACCUACUUCGCCGGCACGUCGAGCCGCAGGAAGAAGGCGGUGCGCCGCACCGUCUGCGCCCUGGUGUGGCUGCUGGCCUUCUGCGUGUCCCUGCCCGACACCUACUACCUGAAGACCGUCACGUCGGCGUCCAACAACGAGACCUACUGCCGCUCCUUCUACCCCGAGCACAGCGUCAAGGAGUGGCUCAUCAGCAUGGAGCUGGUCUCCGUCGUGCUGGGCUUCGCCGUCCCCUCCUGCGUCAUCGCCGUCUUCUACUGCCUGCUGGCCCGAGCCAUCUCGGCGUCCGGCGACCAGGAGAAGCAGACGGGCCGCAAGAUCAUCUUCUCCUACGUGGUGGUCUUCCUCGUGUGCUGGCUCCCCUACCACGUGGUGGUGCUCCUGGACAUCUUCUCCAUCCUCCACUACCUGCCCUUCACCUGCCAGCUGGAGAACUUCCUGUUCACGGCCCUGCACGUCACACAGUGCCUGUCCCUGGUGCACUGCUGCGUCAACCCCGUGCUCUACAGUUUCAUCAACCGUAACUACAGGUACGAGCUGAUGAAGGCCUUCAUCUUUAAGUACUCGGCCAAAACGGGCCUCACCAAACUCAUCGACGCCUCCAGAGUGUCUGAGACGGAGUACUCGGCCUUGGAGCAGAACACCAAGUGACGCGCCCUGCGGGGUCCCGGGGACCGAAGGUGCCCGUUUUCCACGCGGCACCGGGAUGCGUCGUUUCCCGAGCGCGCGGCCAGGGGGCUUCGGGGCCGGGCGCCCGAGUGGCGGGAAGAGGGGAGCGUGUGCCACGGGCCGCCGUGGCGGCUGGCACGCGGCCGUGCGUCCUGGCGGUGUCUCCUCACGCAGCUGUGACCGGCCUGUUGGCCCAAGCCUGCCGCGGGGAUGGGCUUGCCUGCACUUGUGUAACAUAGGACUUUCCGUGCUCCCCGAAGGUUUUCUAUGGCGAUUUGUAUUUAAAUCUUAAGACUUUAUUUUCUCACUAUCGGUGUACCUGAUAAACGUAUUUGAAAGUUUAAAUAUAUUUUAAAUGUCGUACGGGAGGCACAACGCUGACUUGUAUUCAGAGCGUGGUAGUUUGAAGACUAGUUUGACUUCCGUGUUGACUAAGGAUGACAUUAAUUGUUAGCUGGUUUGAAAGGAUAUAUCUAUAAAUAUAUAAGUAUAUAAAUAUACGCCAGUCUUGGCGGAAAGGCUUUAUUUACGAUAGUUUUAUAUCUGUGUGGUGCUUUGGGGUAUGGAACGACAAAACGACUCUGUCAUGCAGUCUGUGAUCUUAUGGGUGUUGUAAAAAUACGUGAAAAAGGCGAAACAAAGCACAGCUGCCCCGGGCUGCGACGCUUUGCACAAAGCGAGCGGUCUUAUUC